CGUCAGCUGAGGGUCACGUGGGCCCGGCCGCGUUGCGGGGCCGGAACUCUCGGCGCGGGAUCCGGCGCCUCCCGCUCAGCUGGGCUCAGGAUGCGCGGCGGGCAGGGCGCGGCCCGGGCCCCGGUGCUCCAGUUCACCAACUGCCGCAUCCUGCGGGGCGGGGCGCUGCUCAGGGAGGAUCUGUGGGUGCGCGGGGGCCGCGUUCUGGACCCCGAGAAGCUGUUCUUUGAGGAGCGGCGCGUGGCUGAUGAGCAGCGGGACUGCGGGGGCUGCAUCCUAGCGCCUGGCUUCAUCGACGUGCAGAUCAACGGUGGAUUUGGCGUUGACUUCUCUCAGGCCACGGAGGACGUGGGUUCAGGAGUCGCCUUGGUGGCCCGGAGGAUUUUGUCGCACGGAGUUACCUCCUUCUGCCCCACGUUGGUCACCUCGCCACCGGAGGUUUAUCACAAGGUCCUUCCUCAGAUCCCCGUGAAGAGCGGUGGUCCCCAUGGGGCAGGGGUCCUCGGGGUGCACCUGGAGGGCCCAUUCAUCAGCCGAGAGAAGCGGGGUGCGCACCCCGAGGCCCACCUGCGCUCCUUUGAGGCCAAUGCUUUCCAAGACGUGCUGGCCACCUACGGGUCCCUCGACAACGUCCGCAUCGUGACCCUCGCCCCUGAGCUAGGCCGCAGCCACGAAGUGAUCCGGGCGCUGACGGCCCUCGGCAUCUGCGUGUCUCUAGGGCACUCCGUGGCUGACCUGGGGACCGCGGAGGAAGCCGUGCAGAGCGGGGCCACCUUCAUCACCCACCUGUUCAAUGCCAUGCUGCCUUUCCACCACCGUGACCCAGGCAUCGUGGGGCUCCUGACCAGUGACCAGCUGCCCCCGGGCCGCCACAUCUUCUACGGGCUGAUUGCCGACGGCAUGCACACCAAUCCUGCCGCCCUGCGCAUUGCCCACCGCGCUCAUCCCAAGGGGCUAGUGCUGGUCACUGAUGCCGUCCCCGCCCUGGGCCUGGGCAACGGCCGCCACACGCUGGGGCAGCAAGAAGUGGAGGUGAAUGGGCUGACAGCCUACGUGGCAGGCACCAAGACGCUGAGCGGCAGCAUAGCCCCAAUGGACGCCUGCGUCCGGCACUUCCUGAGGGCCACAGGGAGCACUCCUCUAGGAGGCAGGAUCCUGGGCAUUUGCCCCUAUGCCGCCUCCUCCAGCAGUUGUGUGGGAGCCAGCUCGGGCCAGGGAUGGUCAGGCACCUGUGUCCACACAGGCUGUGGUGUGGAGUCUGCCCUGGAGGCUGCAUCCCUGCACCCCGCCCGGCUGCUGGGGCUGGAGAAGCACAAGGGGACCCUGGACUUCGGGGCUGAUGCAGCGUCCUUGGUCAGGCCAGGCGGGGGCUGCUGGCUGCCAUCGGUGCCAGGAGUGGUCCAGGCUGCAUGCAACCUGUGAUGGGCCCUGAGACCCCGCAAGUCAGGUCUGGACCUUGAGUCCCCUCCUCACGGCCCGCCUCUGACCCAGACUUCGUGGUGCUCGAUGACUCUCUACACGUCCGGGCCACCUACAUCUCGGGCGAGCUGGUGUGGCAGGCAGAGGUGGCCAGGCAGUGACCGAGGACCACAGCUGGAGGGGAGGCCCAGCCCCAGCUGGACACUGUCGCUGGGCCGUGGAGGAGCAGGUCUCCAGAGAGGAGGGGAGCCCUGCCCCGUGGAGGCGCGGGCUGGGGGGCGGGGCUUGGAUAAACGUGUGUCCUCGGGGGA